AUGAUGUUUGGAGUUUUAUUUUUCAGUCUUUUAUACUAUAUUGUUUAUGCAGACAAAUAUUAUACAAUUAAACCGUAUGGAGAUUCAGGUGUUUUUCCACACUAUGGUAAUUUUUCUGUCUUUGAUACAAAUGUGUACUAUUUUAUUGGUGGUCCUACAGCUGUGAAUAGAAAUUUAAAUUAUAUUUAUCUGCCUAUUACUGGUGGUAAUGCUUUCAAACGUCUUCUUUUAGUCGCUUAUAAUUAUAAAAGAAAAACAUAUCAUCAAAGUCGUUGGGUGUAUAAUGAUGGUAACUUUGGUUUUCUUUUUUACGAUUCAUUAAGAAAUCGACUUCUUGGUUUAAGAACUAAUGCUACAUUUACAUAUUAUAUUGAAGAAUAUGAUAUAGAAACAUUAGACACUGUUAAACUAUAUACAUAA